AUGGCCGCGCAGAUGCUCCGUCGGUGGAAGAGCUUCUACGGCGCCUUCGACCUCGUGGACGCCGCCAUCGAGGCCGCCGAUCCAGACCAAUUCUCACGCCACGUGUUCCGGCGCGCGAGGGGAGACCUGGUGGGACGGCUCUGCAGCGCCGCCGACGACGACCAGGCGGAGCGUAUCUGCGGGAUUCUCGACGACUUCAUGGGGGAGUCUCUCGAGACGCUGAGGCUGGUUCCAUCAACGCCAGGGCGCGUCCGCCUCCUCGCGCGCGGCAUCGUGAGCGGGUGGGAGGCCUCCGUCCAGGUCACAGCAGCCAUGCCGAGGAAGAAGCUGCUGCAGCCCAAGGCGACCGUCGGCCAGCAGCAGCAGCAGCGUGUCUCCGCCGACCCUGACACGAAGACGAAGCGGCCUCCCAAGAUCGUCGGCGAGCCGUUGUCCAAGAAGUCGGCUGAAAUCAUACGGUGA